AUACACCACAUAAAUGACGUGAAAAUGCAGAAUUUGGAGUGUCCUGCCUUCUGUGUUUCAAGUACUCAUACACUGCAUUCAAAUCAAGCACUUACUACCAAGUAGUAAUAUUUAGAACUGAUAAUGAUACCUGGAGCACUAUGGAUUAUUACCAUGGCUGUCAUUCAGAGCUCAGUUACAGCAGAUCAUCUGAGGAACAUGGAGAAAUUUAUUACUGCUGUUACACAUUUAGAAGAUUUAAACCCAAGACUAAGUCCACUGGCUUUAGUGACGAGUCUAUGCAAGAUUGCAGACCAAAGUGACAAUAUCACACAUGACUUUCUGGGAUCAUCUGACAAUAGAGAUGAAAUUCACUACAAAAACAACAUUACAGAGCAGCUCAAUAUAAACCACUAUCUCUCUAAUUUCUUGAACCAAGCCAUUCAUCAUUUCAUAACAGAUGGUCAUGAAGAGAGGGGAGUUGUUCUGACUCCUGAUGGCACGACGAUUGCCCUUGCUCCCCUCCUUUUAGGUCUUGAAUCCGGGCUAAGAGCUAAUGAAGACAGUAACCAGCCUGAUGGUUUCUACCUUCUCCCACUGGCCAAGAACUUAGGCCUGUCAUUUCUGCAGUUUUGGAACGCAACUCCACCUGAGCGACUUGGGCCAGAUGGUUGUUGGGACAAUGUAUCUGCUCCCAUGAUUUUUACUCUUUCAGGCGUGCCAUCCUUGGCCACUGAUGCUCAGGUCCAGGGUGGAAUGGACGGAGCCAUACUUGGGAAGCACCUUUCUGUUGUUAACUGCUCUGAUAUAAAAUUAAGCACACUGCUGAGGAGCUACUACUCAGGGACUAUGGAAGAGUUGGAUCAUGUCUCGGACACUCAUCUGAGAGGUCGCUAUCGCAGACAUAAUUUUAAAAAGAUCACAAAUUCAUUUCUGCUUCAAGAGAAGGUAGCAGAUGCACUGCAUAGUCAUCCACAACAAGGGGACAUCGGGGUGGAAAGUCUUAUAAAAAAGGGAAUUGAAGAGUUUGUGCUACGUUACAUGGAGUGUCCUGCCAUCAUUCCUAGAUGUAUAUGGGGAGCAGCGCCGCCCCGGGCUCCUCUCACCCCUCUGUCUCCACCCCUGCCAUAUCUGUAUAUUCACCACACAGAGAUUCCCAGCAAACCCUGUCUAAACCUUCAGAUGUGUUCUAAAAAAAUGAGGGCAAUGCAACAUUUCCACCAGAAGGGACGGGGUUGGUACGACUUAGGCUACAGCUUUGCGGUUGGGUCUGAUGGCUACAUCUAUGAAGGUCGAGGUUGGAUGUGGGUAGGAGCUCAUACUAGAGGACGUAAUCCUGUUGGGUAUGGUGUUGCUUUCAUUGGAAACUACAGCACUCAUUUACCCUCCCAUUAUGACAUGGAGCUUGUGCGCCAUCAUCUGGUCAAAUGUGGAGUGAGCAACGGAUUUCUGCAGGAGAAUUUUACCAUUCUGGGACAUAGACAAGUAGUAGCCACGUCCUGCCCAGGGGAUUCCCUGUAUUCUGAGAUAACCACCUGGGAACACUACAAAGAUACGAAUCCUUUGCGGACAUCUGCUGUCACUGACAUGACAUGACAAGUGAAGCCCACUAAUUAGUAUGAAAAAUACAUAUAAUUUAAAAUAUAAUUUAUAAGUUACUGAAAUGUUAAUGAAACAUGACAUUAGCAUUAGUUUGUACAUUGGUUGGGAGUCUGUUACCUAAAACCUUGAAAUGCUACUGUAAGUGUGAAUUACGUGUGUGAAAAUAAAGAGUGUGCUCUCUAA